AUGGUGGUUUCUUUGGAAGGAUGGCUGUCUCAUGGUUGUUUGGAGGAAGAGAGAGCUGCUCUCUUGCAAAUCAAACAUAUUCUUGAUUUUCCAACUCGCACAUCCCUGCCCUCUUGGAGAGAAGAUGAUGCUGACUGUUGUAGUUGGCAACGGAUCGAGUGCAAUGUCACUACAGGGCGAGUUACUCUCAUUGACCUGUCGUAUGCAAGGGAUUUGGAAUUGGGAGAUUGGUACCUAAAUGCCUCUUUGUUUCUUCCCUUUGAAGAACUCAACGAUCUUUCUCUAUCUAGAAAUGGGAUAGUUGGUUGUGUUGAAAAUGAAGGUUUUCAAAAACUAUGGAAACUUGACAAUUUGGAGAUUCUCGAUUUAGGUGAUAAUAAUUUCAACAAUACCAGCACCCUAAUAUCAUCUCUAAGUGGGCUUUUAUCUUUGAAAUCAUUAUAUCUGAACAACGUUGGACUCAAAGGAUCAAUUAAUAUUCAUGAUUUGAAUCGCCUAAGAAACUUGGAGGUUUUGGAUCUUAGAGGAAAUGAAAUUGAAGGUUUCAAAUCCUAUCAUGGUGGUGAAAAACUAUUGACAUUGAAUAAUUUGAAGUAUCUUGGGUUAGAUAAUAAUCGCUUCGAUAACAAUAUUCUAUCGUCUCUUAAAGGGCUUUCAUCUCUCAACUAUCCGAACAUAGCUUAUAACAGAGUGAAGAGAUUAAUAAAUUUAAAAGGUUAA